CGCACGAAGGUGGUGGCGCUCUCCGAUUUGUGCGGAUGAUAUAUUUCUUCUUAGUUUUGCUUGGAGUUAAUCAAUUUUAAAGCUUAAAUUCUGUUUCACCAACAGGUGAGUUCAUAUAUUCGUUGCUAUUUGUUGUGAUAUCGAAACGAUACAACUGAUGCAUGGCGUCAUUCAACCCUGACACGCCUCUAGAUGCCUUGGAGCUGAGCUAUAUCAGCGAGCAGCUGGGCCCUUACGAUUGGAGGAAGCUCGGUCUGUACCUCGGUAUAACGGAGACCCGAUUAGCCAACUGGGAGAGGCAGUACAUGAUGAACAUAGAACAGGCUGCCAGUCAAAUGCUCUACACAUGGCACAACAACCAACAUCCGUCCCAAGAGCGGAAGUUGCUGAUAGAGGCUCUGGAGAAGACAAAGCUGAGGAGUCUUGGAGAGAAGGUCCGCAUGGGCGAAUGUCGGCGCACAGUUCCGCAGGGCAUGAGGCCUAUACCCCCGGAGCCCUUCAACAAUCAUCAGCACCCUACCCCUCCCGCCCAAAGGUACGAACCCAUCGCCCAUCUCCCACAACAACCCGACAUACUACCCAUGCGAAUACCCCAGCAAACCAGCUAUGAGAUAACGGAGAUCAAGCUAAGGGAUGUUUCCAACAAGCUAGGUUCCGAGUGGAGGAUGGUUGGAACUUUUUUAGGCUUCAACAACUCUCAGAUUGAGGUUAUGCAUGAAGAACAUCGAGUCAUUAAGGAAUGUAUCUUCCAAAUGUUACUACAAUGGCGAAACACCAACGGUGUCGAGGCUACAAAGACUAAAUUAAAGAAGGCGCUGCAGCGAUCGCUACGUGAAGAUUUGGUGGAUUUCAUUGAUGAAGCGGAUGAUUGAGUCCUAGCUAAAUGACAAAAACUUUGAUGAAAUAACAGACUGAUGAAGCCUUUCCAGAGUCUCCUGUAGGAGGUCAAGAGGACCAUGACUACAUCAUUGAAAUCACCAAACUGGAAAGAAACUUAAAGGGCAAGUCUACCCUGGUCAUGUAAUGCCUGGCUGGAAUGCUCUCCAGGGAGUGGAGAUUGUGCACACAUUGUGUACGGGCAAGCACUUAAUCCAAUGACCGGAGUAAUAGUAUAUUUGUAAAGCGCUUAGAGACAUUUGUAUUAAGCGCUAUAUAAAAAAUAAAUAAUAAUUUUAUUAUUAAGUUGGUUUUAAUAAAAGCAGAAAAAUGAGAGAAACAAAUAAGUGAAAUUUUGAGUAAAUCCAAUUAGAAAUAGGAAAGUUCUUUUAGAAGUUGUCAUCAGUGAAACAAACAUUGGCAACACUCUAGUGUUUCAUGCAAGCUCCUCUCCAAUUCGCUCUGUGCAAAACUUUCAUUUUCUUAGUUAGUUAUGAUGGAAUAGAUUUUGUUUACACAGGGGUUGUCUGAAAACUGUCUUUAGGGAAAAUAUAGAUCUUGGAAGUUUCUAAGGACAGGGUGAAUCUGAGGGGA